UCGCUUGUCCAACAUAGAGAAAAAAAACCCGACCGUGUUGUGGCGUGGAGCUGGGAGGGCUCAUUACCGAGCAGCCACUCAGCACAUAAAUACACACCCCCUGUUAGAGCGCAACACUAAAGCCAGUUCGCCGGUAGGAAGAGGAAAAAUCUGCGUUAAGUUCUGAGAGCUGAAACUCCUGUUGUCGAGGACUUUGUGAGAAGUGUCAGGUUUACUUAUUGGGAUCCUGUUCUGCAUCCACCAUACUGCUGAAAAAGAGCCCAUUGCACAGUUUCUUUGAAGGGCCAUGCAACCCCUGAAGAAGUAUUUUACCGAAGGCCUAAUUCAGGUGGCCAUUGUGCUCAGUCUAGCUGGGAUGCAUGUAGAUGUGGAUCCUUACCUUCCUCCACCAUAUAACAUCAAUAUCCAAAGCCCAGAUCUGACUCAGACUCAGACCAACAACCUCCAGAACUCUCCAGAAGGAUAUGGUUUCCAUAUAAAGAGCCCAGAUGUGGAGACUUCUGUCCCAGUUUUUAGGAUGUUGCAUUGGGUGCGCUCUCUGCAGCACCUGCACAUUCCAACAGCACAGCUCGAGGCCUGGCAGGUCCAUAGUGAGUCUGAUAACAGCGGGACUAUUCCCAGUCUAACAGGUUCGUGGGAUGGUGGUAAUGAGCUUGUGGACAUGGAAGACUCAGCAAAUUUGACUAUGAGAAUGGGAGGUGGAGGUAUGGGAGAAUUGGGGAAUGAUCCAGUUAUGGUUGGUGGAAGUUUGGGAGGAGUGCUCACUCUCUCUAGAAGUCAAAUGGAUAGUGAAGACAUUAAGGAUGAAGCAGGUGAAUUUCCGUUAUGGCAGCAAGAACUCGGCCAGCAUAUCCACCAUGAUCAGCUACUUCAAGGACAAAAUCAAUACUUCGGUCUGCUUAAUGAAGACAACGAGGAUGACUUCAUGAACAGCUGGCCACAUGCAAGCCCAUUUCAUAACCCAGGGACCAGCAUACAAGGAAAUGUACAGUUCACAGGAUUACGGGAGGACAACCCUUUGUCUACUGAGGACUGUCUGCAAUUACUGGAGGCUGGUUUCCCCCUCGGAAAUAAUCAAUAUUGCAUUGAUCAGUUGGAAGAUCUUGAUCCAGUGACAACAAAUGAAGACCCUUUGCAACAUCAUGGGUCUCUUUUCCCCCCUCUGUUUCCUCAGCAUGAGCCCACCCUGGACCUAGAGCAGCAAUGGCAAGAUGUUUUGGCUGUCUUGGGACCACAGGAAAUGAAUGCAGAUGACUUCUUGGAUAAUUCUUACUUCAGUAACAGGGGAAGAGCAGGAGAAACAGAAACUUUGGAGCAUCCUAUAGAGCAAAAUCUAAGCCUUAAUCAACCUACUUUUGCAAGAUCCAGUCAGAUCCCCUUUGCAAGCAACCUGGCCAUAAGUGAAGAGCGUUACUUUUCAAACCAGAGCGAUACUUCUUUAAAUGUUUCAAACUCAUCUAAUGUAGAUUUGAACUUUAAUGACCCUGACAUUGUAGAAGUUCUCCAUUCUUCUACACUUGACAGCUCAAACAUCAGUAUGCCCAGCUUUUUUAUGGAGAACCAAAGCCAAUUGAGUAUUUUCGGACCUCUAUUAAGAAAAUCCAUGUUUGAUGGGAAUGAUCUUUUGGAUCUGGCACCAGAGAACAAAUCUGGCUCAACAGAAGUUGUCCAAAAAGAUGACCAAACAGACUCUGACUCUGGACUCUCGUUAAACUGCAGCCAAAGUCCUGUUUCCCCAAGUAGAUCUGAAUCCUCAUGUUGUUCAUCAUCCUCCAGCUCAUCAUCAUCAUCAUCAUCAUCAUCAUCCACAUCAUCAUCAUCAACAUCUUUAGUUCCUGAGGAGGGAGCUGUAGGAUACACCCACAUCAAAGAGGAGCCAAUGGAUGAGGAAGGAGCUGUUGGAGGUUUUACCUUAGAACAUGACAAAAUGUGGUACACAAAUUAUCUGCAAUUACAGUAUUUACCCUGGCUUGAGCAUAUAGGACAUGAUCACACUUACAACCUGCCCCAAUAUACCAAUGAAAGAAAGCAUCUCAAUGAGCAUGCAGAAGAACCUCAGGAAUAUAAAUUCCAAGACAAGCUACCUACCAGGGAUGAGAAGCGAGCAAAUGCCAUGAAGAUUCCAUUUUCAACUGACCAUAUUAUUAACAUGCCUGUUGAAGAGUUCAACGAGCUUCUUGCCAAGUACCACUUAAGUGAAGCUCAGCUCACACUUAUUAGAGACAUUCGACGUAGGGGCAAGAACAAAGUCGCUGCACAAAACUGUCGUCGCAGGAAGCUGGACAUAUUACAGGAUUUGGAGAGUAGUGUCGAUGGCUUGCGCCGUCACCGUGCAAGACUGCUCAGAGAAAAAUCUGAUGUUCUGCGAUCGGUUAGAGAGAUGAAACAACGCCUUAAUGACCUCUAUCAAGAGGUGAGGAGUAGAUUCAGGGAGGUUGAAAGGAUUCCCUGCUCAGCCAUGGACUUAGCUCUGCAAACGGGCAAUGACAACCAUGUAUCAAAAUCCAGACAGAAGUCUGGCAAGAAGCAGAAAGAUAAGGAAUGAGAGUGAGAACUAAUAAUUCUUGUUCUGUUUGCGGCUGCAAGCCAGACGAUGCAAGAUUCGGGUGUAGAGGUCAUGACAGAAAUUACCCAAGCAUUCUUUUUUGCAGCAGAAUUGAUUUCUGUUGUAAUUUAGUGGCUAAAAAUACAUCCAACUGCUGUUAUCUGGCGUGAUGGAUGGAUAAAAGUGUGCAGUUGAUCAUGAGGAAGCAAAGCAUCCAAAUUAGGAGACUUGAGUUUUAUCAGUAAAUCAGUGUUCAUAAAUUACAACAAACCUCAGAUCUCCAUGAAAAUGGAGAAACUAAUUGCAGUGAUAACACUGGAUUCACCCUUAGUGGGGUCUGAGCACCUCAAGUAGGUCCGUUUUGUUUUGUUUUUCUUACAAUAGAGGAAAUGAUUAUCAUUAUCAAAAUUAUAUUUGUGAGUUGUUAGUUGUUUUAAGUUGUUACAGUUAUUUACAGUUCUGUCCCUUUAAUUCAGUCAGUUUAACCCAAAUCUCAUUUAAAAAAGAAAAACAUUAGGGUCAUAAAUAUUGACUACCUGUUUUGGCGAUAGAAAAUUCAGGAAUAAACAGCUGUGUUUAGACUAAAUAGCUAUAGCGUUACUGUACCCAUGUGAAUACUGAGCAUUAUAUUACACUGGUGCUCUUAAAAUCUGGGCAGGGUUUAUGAGAUGUAUAUUUCAGUUGAAGCGGUCCAUGGUUUGAAGAGACCCCCAAUGUUCCUGCAUCCCCCAAUCCAUUAUGUGGUUUAUAAAAAUAGAAGAACUGUUAAAACAAAGUGAUACUCUUGAGGUUUGGUAAAAACAAGUAAAACGUCUUGGAUCGAAGAAUUUAUUUAUUUAUCCUUGCUGUCCCAAAAAUUUUAUCAAGUUAUCUUAUACUGUAAAUGACACUCCAGGCAAAAGUGAUAUGGGGAAUAAAAAAAAUAAUGACAUUCAUUGAUUGUAAACACCUUACUGUCAAUCAAGUUUCAGGUGUUAUUUUAAUAGUGUUCUCUGUAAUAUGAUUCAACAAAUAUAUUUUAAUAGUUCCUGGUUAGGCACCAUGUUUAGUUUCAACUUGUUUUCUACUUUUGAUGGUGUACUGUAUAAAUCAGAGACCUUAACAUUGUCUUUGACAGAGUUUUGCAUACACUUAAUGACGUUUUCCUACUUUUUGUGUGAAUUCUCAACGACAAGCCGGGCUUGUUUUGUGUUUUGAAUAAAGAUUAGACAUUAAAUGCAGUCAGGCUGCUUAAAUUACCAAUUUUGUACACUGUGACGGCAAAAUAUGAAGCUGCAAAAUGACAUCUUAGACAGCGAUCUUAAUAAAAAGGAUUUAUUUAAAAAAAAAAAGAAAGAAAAGAAACAAAGAUGGCAAGUGUGUUUUAGACAGAUAGUAAACAUCUAAAAGAGGGAAAAUACAGAUGAAUUUACAACACGUGACAAGUAACCAAAUGAAAGGGCACAGAAUGGGGGUAUUUUUAAAGGAAAGAUAGAAAAAAAAACGAGCACUUCUAUAACACUAAUAUUUAAUGUGCCAUCUAUCUACUCACUAACUGAUUGAGAAUGUGUAGCCUUUUUUUAAACUUUUUUUUUUUUAUGGGAUGCAAUGACAACUGGUACCAUGUAUUUUUUUUGAUUAGCACAUUUAUAAAAAGCGAAAAUGUACCAACAUUAGUCUGAUCCAC